AUGAAAGUUUUUCUCUUUUUUUUUCUAGAAUUUCAACCGGAAGCUGCCAACAUGCACGGGUACCGUCCAGUGGUUGCGAGCGAUCGACCAGAACUUUUCGGGAUGUGGCAUAUCAGUUUCUGUUUCUACGAGGUGUUCGGCGCAAUUGGGAUAAUUCCAAAUAUCCUACUCCUUUUUGUAUUACUUGCUCAUCGCUCAUAUCGGAAAGAUUACAAGCUCCCCAUCUUGUUAUGCAUAGCAGAUGCAACCAAUUGCUUGGCUAUUCUAACUCUUGGUGUUCAUUCAGUGACGAUCUAUACUACGGCUAUUCGGGAUAAAAUUGUUCCUGAAGAGACUUCUCUCUCAUGCGCUUUAAGUGCACCAGUCUAUCUCCGAAAUAUCGGUAACGUCAUGUCACCGCUGGUUCAUGGCGCGAUCGCAUUCGAUCGUUUUAUCUGCGUGAAAUAUCCAUUGUGGUAUCGCUCAAACAUCGCCACAAGACAGCUCCUACUUCCCCUCGUUGUUGUGGUAGCAGUGCUUUUGUUCCUACCGAUCGGAUUCUACUUAGCAUUUUUGCGUCGUAAUAGUGGUCCUGUGAAGUUUUUCUGCGGUCGUCGUGCAAGUUUCGGGAAUUUCUAUACGAUGAUCAUAUACGUAGUGCUCGUAUUUGGAUACUUCUUGGCAUUUUUGUCAAACGUCUUCUCAUUUAUACUCGUGAGAACAGGCAGGAGCAGAAACGCCAGUCUCGCAAGAUCACUGAAGAUUGCCGUGAUUGUCUCUUUUGUAUCCUUUCUACUUAUUUCUGUGCCAAAUGCUUCAUCAUUUUUGGACAUCAUAAAUCCUAUAUCACCGCUAACACUACAGAUAAGCACGUAUCUCAGUGUUAUUGCUUAUUCAAUAAAUCUCUUCCUCUAUAUUGCUCUGAGUCCAGAAUUCCGACAUCGAACGUUGCAUAGUAUAACGUGUGGAUAUAGGAAGGCCUUCCCUGAAAGUCAAGCACACAUCGAAGUCCUCGAAAAGAAAACUACAACAAUCCGAAGCUAA